AAGCUCAAAAGAGAGAGGGAGAGAGAGAGAGAGAGAGAGAGAGAGAGACAGAAAGAGAUGGCUCUCAGGUGGAUAGUCCAUACAGCAUGCAAUGCUUUAGGCUAUGAUCAAAACCAACCAAACAUCCACUGCAAAGAAGCUGUGGGCUACCAGAACCAAGUUCAUCCACAUGCACUCCUCAACAACACCUCAAAGGUCAUCGCCACUAAUUCAUCUUCAUCCUCAUCCUCUUCAGGCUUCCAGAUGCCCCUCCAUUACCCUCGUUACUCCAAGGCAGACUACCAGAAGAUGGAGGAAUGGAAGGUCGACAUGCUUCUCAGAGAAUAUGGCCUCACUUUCCAGGGCACCCUCGAUCAGAAACGAGCUUAUGCAAUGGGCACGUUCCUGUGGCCAGAUCAAUACUGAUUCACAAGAAGUCUGGAGAAUUUAAUAAUAUAGUUCUUCAUAUAUAUAAUAAGUUUUGUUCAUAUAUCAUGCAUGUAUGAAGUAUAUGUUUUCAUGGUCCUUCUACGAGACAAGGAGAGACCUUGUUGAAUAUGCUAAUGCUAUAUAUAUGUUAUGUAAUUUGCUUCUUUUUUGUAUGAGCUGAUCCAGUUCAUGUUUUUGUUAAUUACAUCACAUUUUUCUCUUAA